GACAGUGGGCUCCUGGGCAAAGAUAUGCCAAAGCCCCUACUACCUCUCUGACAUAGGAGCAGGACUCAUAUACUUGAUAGUUGUUUAGCCUCUUUUUGUAUUGUAACACAGUUUUUUGUGGUUUGGUGUCACUCUAGUCGUUUUGUAUCUCUUAGAGGUAAUUUUGUGUUUGUGCGGGUCGGUUUUGUCUCUUUCUGGUUGUUCGGCCCCUUCGUGUGUCUUAGCAAUUCGUUUGCAUCUCUUUUUGGUCAUUUUGAAUCUCCUCUUGUUAAUAUGUGUCAACUCUUGAAGGUGAAGGCAAGAACCCUCCCCCCUUACUCUUGGGGCCCGUGGGCCUGUGUCUGGUUGGCUUGUCUUAAGUAAUGACACCACUGUUUAUGAAAACAACAAAAAUAACUGAAUUAAUUGUUGCUUUAGUAAAAUUUAGCUGGGUAUCAUGUUGUUUUUUGUAUGCAACGUUGAAAAAAUUGGUAAUAGUGCGGGCAGCUAGCCUUGUGACCUGGGAAAUUUACUGAUCUUAAAAAGGAGAGCGAGAGAGCUUGCAUAUGCAUUGACAUGAGCAAAUCUGAUUUGGGAAGGGUCUAUUCACUGGAACUUUUCAGGGGCGCAGACAUUUGUGUAGGGGAGCCUAAAGAGAGCUGACACGAUUAGUCAGAUGAUCCAUCAGUUUAUUGUGAGGAAAUUAAGAGGCAACAAUUCUGGACACCUGCAUAGUGAUGUGAUGUCUGAGAGAUUUGGCAGCUGCUCUGCAGAGCAAAACACCUACUGUGUCAUCAUAUUAGAGGACACCAUGUAAGUUAACAGCAGUGAGGAUUGUGGACUGAGGGGGAUGAACUGAAUCGGCCUGACAAGGGAAGAGACAGCCAGCACUGUUGGGUAAGAACUGAUGGGCUGUCCAAGCUAGCGAUGCCAACUGCAAAAGAUAAAGGUGGCUCAACGUCCCACCGCUAUCGGCCUGCCUCAGAGUACGAUGAUGCCACCCUCACCCAGAAGAGAGAAUACUGGAGAACCAAGAAACGAGAGCAGAGGGCCCGACUGACAGAGCGCAGAGGAAAGUCAACACAAGACGGUCGAGGGGAAAAGCUACAUCUGCAUGCCCCUGCAUUGGUGAAUUCUUCUUUAUCCGGCUCCUUUGCUGCUUUCUCUUCUCCUUUGGAGAGUAAUGAUGAGUCAUACAAAUCAGCCAAUAUCUCUCCUGCAUCACAGAGUCGAAAUACCAAGCAGGUCAGUUCAGUUGAAGCCACUAACAGCCAAAAGGAGAAGUGGAUUCAUACAGCGAAACUCAACAAGGUCUUGCCUCAGAUGCCAGCGCCAUGUUCCAUCUCAGCCAAAGCUGCAAGGGGCGACAGAGCCACAGUGAAAAGCCUAACAGCGAGGGGUGCUGUGAGCCGAGCCGUUACCUCACUCACACCCAGUGGAACUCAGCUGAACAUCCGUUCCUCAGUGCCUCCAGUCAGAGUGACCCCAGCUACCAAUGGCAGCUCCGCUAAAAGGACACCUCAGCCAUGUGUGUCUAUGCAGGGCGCAUCAGGUCCCAAAAUGCAACACAAGGCACAAGUUCCAUUACGCAUUCAGCCCAAACUCUUACCCUCUAAUGUGAGCACAGGUAUGAUUCUUGUGUCUUCUCCAUGUGUCCCAGUUUCUAUUAAAACAGAGGGCAAAACAGAAACACCUCAACGUGGAACAAAGAGUGCCUUGGUCACCUUGCAGAGGGCUAAAGGUGUCAGCAACCUACAGAAUUCACCAGAGCCAGAGGACGAGAGAGCGGCAAAGCGCCGAGAGCAGUGGCGCAUCAAAAAGCGAGAGCAGAGGGCAAAGCUGGCAGCUCAGGUAGCUAAAGUCAGAGAGAGGACGCAGAGUGCAGAGCUGGCGUUACAGAGGCAAACAGCACAAAAAGCAGGAGUGGUGGGUGGAACAGUUCUUCAGCAUCUUCCAUCUCAGUCGUUUUUGAGGGGAGCUAGCCAGAAAAAGCGCGUUAAACCUUCAUUUGCAUCUGUCAAAAGAGAAAAUGAUAAACUGCAAAGUGGGGCAGCAAAUUUAGCGACAAUUAACUUCCAAGCAGAUCAAAUAAAAGUACAAAAUCCACAUGAGAACAGGCAGACGGCUAUCACAUGUGGUGUUAUUUCUGUGAGAAAGCCAGUGGAGUCACAGAGAAGGCUUCCAAGUUCUGUGCAUCUUUCUAAUGUUUCCAGAGGGAUUGCUUUGUCUCGGUGUAAAACACCGAGACAAAGGUUCAUUGAGGCCCAGAAGAUUUUCAUGAAUCAAAGAAACAUGAGAUGUAAAUCUCCAUUGCUUUCUUCACUCUUUAGUAGUCGAAAUAUCCCCCCAAUCGACCCCAACGACACACCUGAGCAGAUAAUUGCCAAACGGCGAGAGUAUUGGCGGAUUAAAAAGCGUGAACAGCGAGCGAAACUGACGAUGGAAAUGAAGGCUCGGUUGAAGGAGAAGGACUCUCUCAUGCGAAGAGUGAAACGUUACCAGAAAAUCCUAGAGGAGAUGAGGAGGGCAAGAGCUCUGGCCCAAUCAGGAGGAAGCACCCUUACCCAUGCCUCGGAAACCAUAGGCGGGUUCAUUAAGGAGGAUGGGACAGUGACCAUUAACAUUCCCCAGGUUCCUACAGGGCACAACCAAGCAGCACCCAAAAGUGAAGACAAGUCUUGUGUAGUUUCUAAUAAUACCUCCAUCACAAAACCUCAGCAUCAACCUAACACUAAACGUAGAGGUAUUACACCCAUUCGUGUAACCCAGUCCCCACCUCCCCUCCGCCCGGCUCAGGUGAAAGUCUCUUUUCCUCUUGCUGGACAGUCGGUCAACAAGCCUCCAAGACUUCUGGCAAUCAGACCGAGGACUCAACUUGAAAGCACAACUGCUCCUAAUUCACACAAAUCAGCAAUCCAAACUGUUAGUCAGCUCACACUGACACAUCCUCAGACUCCUCAAAAUGCCAUCGCUGGAGGAUCAACCACAGGGUCGAACCUUGGUGGGUGUGUCAUGAAAAUGGCUGUCUCGAGUUGCGCGCCAUCACUAUCAGCGCUCUCUCUGGAUCCAGACCUGACCGAGGAGGAGAGGAUGGCAAAGAAGAGGGAGUACUGGAGGAUAAAGAAACGUGAGCAGCGAGCAGCUCGUGCCGCUCGACUGAAGCAGGGUGUCUUACAAGCGAGGGCCAAUGCAACCUUGCAGAGGAGGAAGGCCCAGAAGCAAGUAGCAGCAACCACUGUACCACUUGGCAAAAACCAUGCAGGAAAUGCACAAUCUCUACCCGACAACAGUGCGCCUGUUUCGCCACAUGCAGAUGAGAUAAAACAAGAGGGUGAGUCUGUGCCAGCAGCUGACCUAAAUUCUCAACCAGAACAAGCCAUCUGUCUAGAUAUCAAACCCCCAACCUCCCCUACACCACCUCCAGCGCCUCAGCCGGAGCCUGACCCAGCUCUGAAUGCAGACUGCCAGGCUACCACUCUGCUAGCUGUGGCCUCUAUGAAGAAACUCCUGGAAGAAUCACUCAGCUCAGUGACAGAGUGUAAAAGUCAGCAAACUGAUAUUAAAACAGAGUCAACGUUAGAAUCCACAGAGCAAGACUUGAAGCUAGAGUUACCAGAUGUGAAUGAUGUGUCUCCUAUUGAUGCUGACUUGAUGUUGGAGAUAAAUCGCUGGCAGGCAGAUGCUGAUACUUUGGCAGAAGCAGAUUCACCAAGCCUUCAUCUCAAGGACUCACCCCAAAGGAGCGAAACACCUUCACCUCCUCCCACCUCCAACCAGGUGGCCCCACAUCCCACCUGUGAGCACUCAUCCCAAACCCAUUCCAACUUUAUAAUAAACCCUUCCAUGGAAGCGUCAUACGGCCCAUCGUCACCACCCAGAACUCAGAGGCUCCGACCCAAAACAGCAGACCAUCAAACCUGCCCUACCCUGGAGCCGCCAAAGCUACAUCACCUACCCAUAGAUCAACUCCAGCCACGACUAUGUGAACCACAGUGUCAGGCACAAAACAGCAACUCAACAUCGCCACAAGGAUAUCCCAGUGCGGUGACAGAGCACAGUGGUCUGAUGAGCCUGCAGAGCAAGAGGGAGUACUGGAAGCUGAUGAAGAGGCAGCAGAGGGCCAGGUUACGAGCCAGGCAGAGAGAGAGACAGGGAGAAUGCAGCAGUCGACUUUCCCACAGAAACAUUCAGGCUCCAGGUCUCGUCAUUAUCAACAAUGCUAAGGGUGUGAAUCGUCAAGCAAAACCAACCCUCCGGCCCAAGCCACCCACUACCUCUCUGACUUCAGUGAGACGUAUCCCAACCGUCCUGGUCGUUAACCCUACAACAUGUAACGCUGAGCAGUCACCAGGCACACUGCAGGUCAAACUGCCUGUCACCAGCGUCCCCUGUUCACCCACAAGUGAGCAGAACAACAUGGAUGUUGGGCCUUCACAAAUCCUGUCCGACUACGAAGAGACUCAUGAGAAUCAGCAACAAGCCAUGCCAGAUUCACAAGAGUGGAUAUGUAGAAGCACAGAUGUGGACUCCGUCCCCUCCCUCCCUACUCUGACGCCCCCAGACAACCCACUGUCCAGCAUCAACCUGCAGCCCAUUGAGCCCCCUUGUCAAACUGCAAAUUCCACCCUCAGUCCAAUAAAAAUGCCUUGUGCUCAAGUUCAGAGCCCCACACCUGUGGUACAGUCUCCCACCAAGCUGGUCCCAACAUGCACCUUGGUUCCACCAAAGCCCAUCCCAGGGGAGUCUGAGGAGGACUUUCUGAGGAGGAAGCGGGAGUAUUGGAGGAUAAAAAAGAAAGAGCAGAGAGCCAGGAAGGCCAUUCGAGACAAGGGAGUCUCCCCAAGGAGAGCCUCCAACAACUUGAGGCCCAUCCUGCCUGCCCAGGACCUACCAACACAGGACUCUGGUCAGUGGGUCAGCUCUUCUGAGGAGCCACAACAUUUAAUGAGCACCUCAGAGGACACCGACCCAGGAUCCUUUCCAUUCUCAACCUUCGCAGCACCAACAGAGGAGGAGUCAGGGCUUCCGUUCGCUGACUUUGAGAAUGCGAACGAGGAGGAAGGUCCCAUCUCGGACGCCAUGUGGAGGAACCGCUACCUCAUGGACUACGAUCCGCUCAACCAGCUGCUGGUGUGCAUGGUGUGCGGGGAGCUGCAAUACUCCCAAACCGUGGAGGGAGUGAGGGCCCACAUUGACGAGGCCCAUCCGGACACCCUGGCCCUGGAGCCCGGGGAGCAACAGCAAAUACUGGAGAACUGGGAUGAGCAGGUGUCCCAGCGGGAGCGUUUCUUCACCAGCCAGCUCCAGCAGCACAGCGGGGCUCUGCCAGAAACACAGAGGGACUGAAGAGCAGAGGAGAGGACUGCAGGGGACAACUGAAGACCAUGGACCCACACUUUAUUUGUCUUAUUUAUUGUAUUUUUAAAUUAAUGUGAUUACCUUAAUUGAAAGUCACCUUGAAAGAGAAUGCUGUAUAGGGAACUUUCACCCUAAAAACAGCUUUACCUCAUUUCCUACCAGGGUUGUAAUGUGGACUUAAGUAUGGACAUUUUUUACAGUGAAGCUACUACAAUUGAGAUUUUGUGAUACUAUUUAAAAUAUGUAAAGUAGAAUCCAACAUUCUGGGGAAUAGAGUCCUUUGUACUAACUGGACCUAUCUCUGUAAGAAUCACACACAUAAAACUUUUGUUAAAUUAUUUUUCAUAAUCUUGCUCUACUUCCUAAAAUCUUCAAUUAUUUAUUUAAAUUUGCACAUUUCAAACCUCAGCAACUAUACCCAUUCAGUGUUCCCCACAGACUUCGAUUGAAAUCUGAUUGAAACUCUUAGCGUUUCAACCAUUAUAGCAGCAAAACAAAAAACUAAUGGUAAUAAACAAACUGUGUAACUUUUGCUGAAAAGCAGCCUCUGUGGCAACAAGUUGCAGUUUCAGGAUAAAAGCCAGUUUCCUUUUUUCCUUUUUUCAUUGUUAUUUGCUUUAAAGAUAUCUUUCGGUGAUCUGACUGUGACCUAGUUGACAACGGCAAGUGUUUUUGUGGGUUUUUUCUAUCCUUUAUUCUCAAAAAAUUCCUGUCAACACAAGCACUGCUGUGAAAAAAUCUCAAAUGAUAAUGAAGAACAUAAUUGAGGAGCUGUCAAAAACAUGCCAAACCAACAGGUGGCGGUGAAGUCUUAACUUUACAGCCAUGCAAGAAGGAGAAGAUAUUGGCCAAUCAGAAGCCUGAACAAAAUCAAUACCCGUAAGGCUACCUGGAGCAGUGACCCUCGUAGCACAUUCCGACCACGAGUGUAUCGAGAACAGGAUCAUUUUGAUCUGUGAAAGUUGCUCAGUGGCAUAUUAAGCCAAAAACAUUUGACCUCUUUGUGUAAAAUUACCCAGAUCUUCUGCUCUGCUUUUGCAUCGUUGGACCCAUAAAGCAGGUAUGAAGUCCAAUGAAGAGCGGCUGAGUGGCUAACUUCGGGUUUAGCACUCUGCUAACUUGAGUGGGGAUAAAAAUGAUAUAUUUGUGUGGGAAAAAAACAAGUCCUGGGAGGUAUGCUGUGUUAACUUCUUUUACUCUUUGCCAUAAAACCAUUAAAAUAUUAAAUGGUGACAUGCUAAAAGCUAGUCCUACUUGUGAUUUCAGCACUCUUAAUCCUUUUCCACCAACAUGGAACCAUUUCCAUUACAGUCUCCUCACCUAAAUUUGGACUGUCCAGAGCGUUUUGACCUAAAAUCAAUUGGUUCUAAACCUGAAAAGUUGGUCCACAGCUUGAACCAAAAAAUACCAGGUUUGCUUUGGCCUGAAGGGCGAAUCCUGAUGACAUCAGUGGGCGUGAUAAGCAACAACAUAGAAGUAAAGGGAAAAAUCGUCAGGAAUUAGGGUGCACUGGUCUCAUCAUUAGUUGGUCCAUGCUUGUUUUUUGGGAUAUCUUUAAUAACAGAGCCAGACUUAGUAGCUGUAAUGUAAUCCACAAUUUGAGGUGAAAAUGUUCUCAAUGAGGCAUAAGCUCGAAUUGUUACUGAAAUUUCUAGCUGGGACUUUUUUUAAGGUCGCUAAAAACAUUUUGUUGCUGACCCCAUCAAUGGCAGUGCAUUGCUUCUCUUCGGUGUCAGACUCCAGCCUGCUUCUUCAAACUGGAUGUGUGCUGACUGACAUCUACUGUAUGUAAUACACUACUAUGGAUAUGUACCUCAUACAAACUAAUUUUAAAAAAAUCCAAACUAUCCAAGUCAGUCUGACAAACUGUCAGCUAGAGCCAGAGAGACCCACCUUACCUUUUUCAGUGAUAAGCAAAGUGUGUUUCAUGUUACUGCUUUCCAAUUGAGAAUUAAUGUACAUCAACCGUUGCUGAACGCUGAUAUGUUAAAGUUACAGUAAAUUACACAGUAAGUUUAGAUUUAAUCCCCCUGUAUCUACAGCUAUGAGACAAGAAACUCUCUCACACACGCACAUUCAGCACAAGAGUGAAACACUUGAUACUAAAAUUGAUUUGUUGGAGCUGACAUUUCCUGUCAGUUUUGUACAAAGUUUCUUCUGUCGGCAGGCUUGCAUUCAGGUCCCAGACUGUUGUAGAAGCUUGUAAGUUAGCGUUGGAUUGUUGCAUGAGUGUCUGGAACCGCUCCACAUGAUUUAGUAUGUGAUACUGCGCCAUGCCGUUCUUCAAACCCCAAAACCUUACACACGUUCCUCAAUGAAGUCUUUUUGUAACUUUUUUACAACUUUCUCAUCUGUGUAAAAACCUCCUCUAGAUCAUAUCAGCUUCAUGUGACGUCAAACAUCCACCCGACCCUCUGCACUGUAAAUACUGACGUGAUUAUGAGAUGCCAAAUGUUUCUUUGACUGUGCUGUUUAAUGAUUUUUUGAGCUAUUUUAUUCAUUAUUUAUUGAAUCUCCUCUUAUAUAAGGAAUUUUUGAUGGUGCAUUAUUCAUAUCCGUAGAGAGUUCCACGUUAGAGACGUUUCUCAUUUGUGAGUAUUGAGAAUCCAAAGGCUUUCCUGCAUGAUUAGUAGAAGGAUGUUGUAUAUCAGAUAGGAGCUCUGGAAUGCAUUCCCAUGUUUUUGUAUGAUUUUCAUAAUUAGAGUAAAAUGUCGAUGUUCUGUUUGAGCACAAAGCUGUACAGGUCGGUCAUGCUUGGAGAAAAUGCCUGCACAGCUGCAACACGGUGUCUAGCUGGAAGUGGCCCUGCUAUUUCACCUUUGGAGAAUGUAAUUCUGACUUGAUGACUUGUUUACCAGUUCAAAGGGAAUGUUUCAAUGCCUUUUCAGUAAUAAACCUUUUCUACCUUUGG